GUCCGUUUACACCACUGAAGAUCCAUACUUUCUUCUAGACCACUCCUUUUGGGUUUUUAUUUCUUUGACGGAUCUGAAAUCAUGGCUAGCAACCGGGUUGAUAAUCGGCCAAAGGGAUCGAGAGGUCGGAGAAGGAGCUCUGAGUUCCUUUCCGAAGAUCAAUUGGUCCAUUUGAAGACGUACCGUUACCAGAGUGUUGAUAAGUCUUUGAUCUCACGAUAUAUUCUAAAGCAUUACUGGAAUUUUAUGGUUGAGCUUCUGCCUCGGUGGUUGGCACCUAAUGCUGUUACGCUCGUUGGGUUUGGGUUUAUCUUGACGAAUGUAAUAUGCUUGGAAAUUUGGCUGCCGGAUCUUGUGGGCCCUGGCCCUAGCUGGCUAUAUUAUUCUUUCGCUUUCGGUCUCUGGGCGUACUCGACCAUGGAUAAUAUCGACGGGAAGCAAGCUAGAAGGACUGGUUCUAGUUCCCCUUUGGGAGAACUUUUUGAUCAUGGAAUUGAUUCUCUCAAUUGCACUUUGGCCAGUUUGUGCGAAACAGCCUGCAUGGGGCUCGGUCCUACCAGGGCUGGUGUCUUUACUGCUUUGAUUCCUACUCUACCAAUGUUCUUUUCUACCUGGGAGACAUAUCACUCUCAUGUUUUAUAUCUCGGAUACUUUAACGGCCCUACUGAGGGAUUGAUCAUUGCGUGUAGCUUGAUGGUUAUGUCUGGGUACUAUGGUCCUGAGAUAUGGACCUAUAGAAUUAGCGAUGUUUUCGGUCAUGAGUGGCUUUUCGAAGAUUAUUCCAUUAGAGAUAUCUGGAUCCCUGUUAUUCUGGGCUCCUUUCUAUUGGCACAUCUCCCAUUCUGCAUUUAUAAUGUCGUUAUUGCCCGCCGGCGCCAGAAGCUCCCGGUUCUCCCGGUUUUCUUAGAAUGGACGCCAAUGGUAGUCUUCACGCUCUCUUGCGGGCUCUGGUUGUAUUCUCCUCAUACUACAUUGUUGGAAGAGAACAGACUUGUCCUCUUUUGCUUGACCAUGAGUUUUGUUUUUGGCCGGAUGACUACGAAGAUCAUUUUGGCGCAUUUGACCCAUCAGCCUUUUCCCUACUGGACUGUGCUUCUUGCGCCACUCAUUGGCGGUGCCGUGUUGGCUAAUUUGCCAUCAUUUGGGCUUGCCCCUAUUUCUUCGUUCGUCGAGCUUUGGUACCUACGUGGGUACUUCGUCUUUGCGGCAAUCGUAUAUUUCCGUUGGGCAAUGUUGGUCAUCGAUGGUAUCUGCGGCUACCUCGGUAUCCAAUGCCUUAGCAUUCCAUACACACCCGCCUCUCGCCCACGAGUCCUUAACGGAGCGGCGCACCCCCUAAGUCCAAAGAAGGAGAGAGCAGCGUAACAAUCUGAGACUUCAAUCUUAUAAAUUAUUCUUGCAUGAUUUAGUGUUCUCUUCCGGGAUUUCUUUAACUGUGCCUUUUGUUUUCUUCUUUUUUUUUCUUUUUUUUGGGGGGGUGCGAGCGGAAGACAGUGAUGAGGUAAAUGAGUUACACUGGGCUAGGGUCUUAUAGACAGGGGAGAAGGAAGGGUGACGAGGAGGAAGGGUGAGGAGCUGAGUAUUUAUAUCAUAUGUCUUGUAAUGUCCUUGUCUUUAUUUCAACCAGGAACAGAGAGACAGUGGAUGUGUGAAGGUGGAGAAAGUUGGGAGGAAAUCACGAGCUAUAUAACUGGCGUCAGAAAGAGGUGGAAGCAGGCGGUAACGAAGUCACGGCAUCCGAGAUAUGCAUAUAUCGAAGUUGGCGUUGAUUUUUUUUUUUCCAACUUCCCCGGUUAUCAAGAGGAAAAGGCUAAAAUUAAAAUUCGGGGAGGAAGGAGUACGAGUACAGAAGAAAAAAAAAUAGACUACUGUAUACCCAUCAUAC